UUUUUUAAAGAGUGUUGCUGAACAGCCUGAACCCCGCGGAUUGCUCAACUGACCUAAAGAUCCAAUCCCCAAGCUUCGAUCGGCAAACUCUGUAACUUUGUUCUGAAAUGGCUUCAGUUCAUCAAGCCGUCGUCUUGUUCUUCUUCUUCUUCGUACUCUCCUCAUCUUUCUUUCUCACAUUUUCCACAACUUGGGCAGCUCAGAAAGUCUCCCUCGCUCUCUAUUACGAGGCCCUUUGCCCAUUCUGUUCCCGCUUCAUCGUCUUCUCCCUAUCCAAGAUCUUCUCCGACGGCCUCAUCUCCAUUGUCGAUCUCCGUCUCGUUCCCUACGGAAACGCUAUGAUUGAGCCCAACUCCACUAUCUUAUGCCAG